AUGAAUAAUAAUAAUAGUAAUAAUAAUAAUAAUAAUAAUAAUAAUAAUAAUGACAAAACAAGUAAUAAUACAAUAGAAAAAACCACAACACUAAAUGUAGAUUAUGAUAAAGGUAUAUUAAAUUUGGAAAUUGGUGAGAGUGACAUUUUAAAAUGUAUUUCAGGAGAGAUAGAAGGAAUUAGAAUGAUAAAAUUAAGAAUGUUUCACGAUUUAGUAAUAGAUAAAUCAUUAUCAGAAUUACCGUUUCAGAAAUUCUAUGAUUGUUACUCAUCUUUAAAUAAUAAUAACUUAAAUACAAAAUCAUUUUUAUCUUAUCUUUAUACAAAUGUAUUUCAAACUUUAUCAGAAAGAAUAAAGAGUGAUUUUCAAUUAAUAUGUCAAGAAAGACAAAUUUCAAUUAGAUUAAGUGAAUUAGAAAGAUUACUUCGUGAACAACCAACCAUUCUCAACGAUAAAAGAGCACCUCCAUCAAGUAUAAUUAAUCCUGAAGAACAAAUAAUGUCACAAAUCAUAGAUUUAAAGAUGACUGAAAGGGAAAGAUUAUUAAAAAUCUAUCAAAAUCUAUUAAAUGAAAAUAAAAAGAUAAAAAGACAAGAAACAGAUUUAGAGAAACAAAAAACAGUUUUAGUUGACCAAAUUAAUACAAAAAUAGAAAAUAUUAAAAAAAUAGUUGAUCUUUCUGUGUCACUCGAUUCAUAA